AUGUCAGGAGAUGUACAGCCACGAAAGCGAAAGGACAAGAAGAAAAAGAAAGAUGAUUUUGGUGUAGAAGAGCCAAGAGGUACAGCAGCAGCAUUGGGAGAAGGCGAUGUUUUUAUGCAUUCAUACCACGAACAUGGCACGGGAGGUCAUUGGUGUGCGAAAAUCAUAUUUUUCGCAUUAUUAGCCGUACUAGUUACCCUUAUUGGAUUAAUUAUUUUGGAAAAUAGAGGUCUUACUGAAUUGGAGGCUAAUUCUGUUGAAUCUCGAUAUUCUGGUGUACUAGAAGGUUGGAUCGAAGAUGCUGUAGAUGACCAUCAUGAUGAACAUACACUGGAAUUAAAACAUCAUGAUGAUGAAGAUCACAUUGACGAUGAAAUAGAUGAAAACGAAAUAGAGGAAGAGUCUCUUGAACAAGAGAUAGAACACGAUGGUGAUGAAAGCAAUGAGGAAGAUGAGGAACAAGAUCAUGAUGAAAUGUAUGAUGAUGAAGAGAGAGAAACUGUAGAUGAUGAUGAUGAUGAAACUCAAGGUGAUGAUGAUGAAAACGAUAACGAAGAUGACGAAGACGGCGAUGAAGACAAUGAUGAGGAGCAUGAAAAUAUAGAAGACCAUUCAAAAUACGCCAGUGAGGAGGAUGACGAAGAAACUUACGAGCGUUAUAGUAAGGAGGAGGUUGAUAUGAUGAAUUUCGAUGAAGUUGAUGAUGAUGAACAUAAUGAUGACGAUGAUGAUGGUGAUAAUGAUGACCUGGAAGAACAAAAUAAUGAUUACCAAAGCAAAGAAACGACAUCUCAUUAUAGUUACGUCGAUGACGAUGAGAAAGAUGAAAGUAAAGAAGAAAAUAAAUACGAUGAUGAAAAAAAUUAUAGCAAUGAAGAUAAUGAUGAGGAUGAUGAAAAAGAAGACGAAGCAGAUGAUGACGAUGAUGAUGAAGAAAUAGAAAAAAUAGAAAAGGAAGUUAUGGAUGAUUCAGCGGAAAUUGAAGAUACCGCACCAAGUAAUGAAGAAGCUGAGAGCAAAGAUAUCGAUCAAGAUGAUUCAGAUGAAGAUGAACCACCGAUAGAAUAUAUCUCAAAACCAGUGGCAGGAAAACCUUUUGUUGAGAUCGAAGAGGAAACUGUAGUGAAGCCAGUCGAUACAUUAGCUGAAGAAGAAGCGUAUGAGAGACAGCAAGAAGAACUCCGAAGACAAGAAGAACAAACAUCACACAGCGUGUGGCUGAAGCUGUGUGUCGGUGGCGCGCUACUGGCAGCGACACACGCGGUCUUACGUCGAACCACCGUACGACACGAUCUAUCUGACGCUGAUGAGACUAUGAGUGAGGAAGCGCCAACCGUUAUUGAUCGACGGAUGACUAUAAUAGAAGAACCGGUAGAAGUUAAACAAAGUUCUGCAACGAGUCAAACGCUACGACAAGUAACUGACGAGGAGGUGUUCAAAAAACCGGCUCCGGUAGUACAAAGUCCAAUUGCGAAGCCAAGAAUCGAGGAAGAAAUUGUCAAACAAGUGGUAGAAAAAGUACAAGAAGUUCCAAAACGAGAUGCAAAGACCGAAGAUGAAAAGGAGCUAUAUAGUGACGAAGAAGAGGAAGACGCUGAAGAUAAUGAAGAAGUAGAAGAAGAUAUUGAGACUUCUGAAAAAGAAGCAGUCGAUAAAGAAGAUGCUGAUGAAUCAGAACCGGAACCGGAACCAGAAGAGGUUUCAGACGUUGAGAUUAUAUACGACGAAACAAUAGAAGAAGAAGAAGAAGUUGAGGAAGAAGAGAUAUCAGACGUAGAUGAUACGGAACUCUUGAACCGUUUAGAGGCGAAAUACGGGCGGCUACCGGAACCCGAAAGACCCGGACAGAAUAAGGGUGGAGCUAAGAGUGUGUCCUCUGAAUGGCCGGGAGAACCGAGCGACUCAUACUGGAGGUCUCAGCUAGACACCGCGGAGGAAGAACUCCGACAGGACUGGCUGGACUAA